AUGAUUCCAGUUCAAUGGUCAUGGCAAACACGCCUGUUUAUCAUUUUCAAUUGUUUCCGUUUCGCACUUGGAGGUUAUAAUCAACGAUAUCUUCUACGCUAUCUGCUGAAAGAAAGACCAUACAAUCCAUUCGAACGACCAGUGCUCAACGAUACAGACACAUUACCUGUUCGAAUGAAUUUGGCUUUACAACAAAUCAUUCAUUAUGAUGCAAAAAAUGAAGUUAUUGUUCUGAGUGGCUGGAUGGUCCUCGCAUGGAACGAUUGUAAUUUGAAAUGGAAUCCGAAGAAUUUUGGUGGCAUUGAAACGAUACGCAUACCGAGUACGCAAAUUUGGCUUCCGGAUAUUCUUCUCUACAACAGUGCUGAUGAAAAAUUUGAUAGUACAAUGAAAAUAAAUGCUGUUGUACAGCAUACUGGUGAUGUUCUAUAUGUUCCACCCGGUAUUUUCAAAGCGAUCUGUUCUUUUAAUAUUGCUUCAUUUCCAUUUGAUACACAACAAUGUACACUUAAAUUCGGAUCAUGGACAUUUGAUGAUGCUGGAAUUAAUCUAACGGCAGAAAGUAAUCAAGGCCAAUUAGAUGCUUUUAUCAAAAAUGGACAAUGGGACUUAGAAGAAUUUUCUGCAGUAAUCAGUGUAUUGAAAUAUGAAUGCUGUCCAACAUUAUAUCCAUUCGUUCUUUAUACAAUUCGAAUUCGUCGAUUUUCUUUGUAUUAUUUCUUCAACAUCGUCGUUCCGUGUUUUCUGAUCAGCUGUAUGACAAUUUUGGGAUUUUUAUUAGCUCCGGACAGUGGUGAAAAGCUAACGCUGCAAAUUACAAUUCUUCUCUCCGUAAUUAUGUUUAGUUUAUUAAUGUUUGAAAUAAUGCCGCCGAGCUCUACUGCUGUUCCAAUCAUCACGAAAUACUUUACAUGCAUUAUGAUAAUGUCAACGGUUUCCGUCGCAGCAUCCGUUUUAGUUAUCUCAAUCCAUUUCCGAAAUGCCCACAACCAUACCAUGCCAUUAUGGAUCCAAAAAUAUAUUUGUUAUUAUACGGCAUGGCUAUUACUUAUGAAACAUCCUCGGUAUGACUUAACUUGGCGUGGAAUACGUCAACGAUGGAACAUGCGAAAGGGAGAACUGAACGGUGAUGAUGAAUCAGUGGCUAAGCGUUGUUAUAAAUGUCGUCCAACACCGUUAGUAAAUAAUCUUUUUAAAUUCUUACCAUCAAAGAGUCUACCGCCGCAUCAUCAUUCGCAUGAGCCAGCACAAACGUUGAAUGCCUAUCAAACCGAUUUGAUCCGAUCGGAAUUGCGUAAUAUAGCUUCACAUUUAGCUAUUUUAAGUCGUCGUGUUCAACGAGAAGAAAAAUACAAUGAAGAUUCAGAAGAUUGGAAAUUUGUGGCAAUGGUUAUCGAUCGUCUUUGUUUAACCUUCUUUACCUUAUCAAUGAUUGUUUUUACUGGAUGGACUCUUCUUUCUGUACCUAGCAUGUUUAAACGUCGCUAG